AUUUGUUUCAUUCACGCACACUGUUGCAGUGAUUGUGGUUGUUGCAUGGCGUGAAGCUUGGUCGAACUUUUUGUAUUUUUUCUUUCCGUGUUGUGUAGAGUUUUAACCAUAACCACUUGAUAUUCUGCCCACCGUUUACUGAAGUCUACAAAACUUUAUUUUUGUGGUCUUCAUUUCAAGAUUAAAUUGUAGUGCGAAGUGAAAUCUCUGUCAUCUAAAGUCCAGAUGUUGCACCGUACGACAAUAACCUCGUUUGGUGUCAACAAAUAAUAAUAAACAGUGAUCCGACGAGAACUAGUGGUAUUACACAAAAAGUUAAGUGUUGAAUAAAACAAUGGCCUAAACUGGAUGUCUGAAGGAUAUCAUGCGAUCUAAGAACUUGAAUUUCGUUGUGACUUCACCCACAUAACGUUUAUGUUCACAACAUGCUGUUGCACACGUACAGAGUUGCUGCCCUGGUCCUGCUCAGCGCUCUCAGCAAGGGAGACCUGCCUGAAGACGACUUCAGGAUAAUACACAGACAGGAUCUGCUGGCCACAGACACGGACCUGUUCGAGGAUAACAGCAGUAAAUCGUUCUCUCAACUGUCGUUCGACGUCGCAAGGGACCAGCUCAUUGUGGGCGCGAGGGAUGCCCUAUACAGAUUAUCACUCCGAGGCCUCCGGCCUUUAGAGCGUGCUGAUUGGCCAGCAGACCCCAACAAGGUGGAACUGUGCCUGGCGAAGGGGCAGACUGAGGAGGAUUGUCACAACUACAUCAAAGUACUGCUGCCGUACGAGCAUAGGUUGUUUGUGUGCGGCACCAAUGCGUUCAGUCCAGAAUGCAGUUGGAGAGAAAUCGAGUCGAUCCGCAACGCGUCGCAGUCGUCCACGGGCGUGGCGAGCUGUCCAUACAACCCUCGGUCCAACGUGACGGCCAUCUUGGCCAGUGGGGGGGAGUACUAUGCCGGAACCCCUACGGACUUCAGCAGCUCUGACACUGCCAUUUGCAGGAGCCGUGGCUCAGGGCCUCACAACGUGACGACGCUCCGUACCACGCAGUACGAUCAGAAUUCUCUCAACGAACCUCAAUUUGUCGGCAGCUUCGAAGAUGACAACUACGUCUACUUCGUGUUCAGAGAGAUUGCUGUCGAGUUCAUGAACUGUGGCAAGAUAAUAUACUCCCGCAUCGCUCGAGUGUGCAAGAAUGACUCCGGCGGCCAUUUCCUCCGCAAGAACAACUGGAGCACAUUCCUGAAGGCUCGUCUCAAAUGUGUCGUCCAUGGCGACCUCCCCUUCCAUUACGACGAGGUUCAGAGCGUGGAGUACUUGCCACAGGAACAGAUACUAGUGGCUACCUUUACUACACCCGUAAACAGCAUAACAGGCAGUGCGGUCUGCAUAUACAGCUUAGCAGACAUACAUGAAGCAUUCGAGGGAAUGUUCAAAGUUCAAGACUCGCCUACUUCGAGUUGGGAGCCCCGCGCGCCGGACGCCGAAGCGAGGGAUCAUUUUCGAUGCGUACCUGAUACUAGGCCACUCCAAUCCAUCGGCUACCUCGACUACCAGCUCAUGAACAACCCAAUCGUGCCCACAUCCGGAGAACCAGUAUACAAGAUCAACUCCGAACGACUGACCCACGUGACCGCUGACGUCACUAGUACUAAGGACGUCAAGAGACAAUUCGUUCUAUACGUGUCGACGCAAAGUGGUGACGUCAUGAAGUUGUCAGUCCUACCUACAUUGGAUCGAGCGUGUUUAGUUGAGAUCUGGAGAUUGAAUGCCAAUGUUUUGGCUAUGCAGUUUGUGAAGGACACUAUGUCAGUGUACAUCGGAAGCGACAAAGGCGUGAUGCGCAUAGGCAGCGAGCGAUGCGCGCGAUACAAGAGCCGCAGCGGCUGCGUGGGCGCAUCCGACCCCCACUGCGGCUGGGACGAUGCUUUGGACAGAUGCGUGCGCGCAGCCGACCAUUUGAACGAACCUAGAUUCGCACAAUCUACUGGUUCUUGCCCUAUUAAUUCUGCCGUUGUGGACGGAGGCUGGUCCUCAUGGUCAGACUGGGAGAAAUGUGUUCAAGAUGGUACUUCGCGAACCGUAUAUGGCGAUGAGAAACCUGAGGACACGUGUUUCUGUCGCACGCGACGCUGCGACAACCCCGCGCCGGCCAAUGGCGGCGAGCCUUGUAAAGGAGUUAGCAUAUCAGUGACAAACUGUACGGUGCACGGCGGUUGGUCGGCAUGGGGCGGGUGGUCCGAGUGCUCGGCGUCCUGCGGCAUCGCGAUCAAGUCCCGCCGCCGCAAGUGUUCGUCCCCCGCCCCCAAAUUCGACGGCCGCGUGUGCGUCGGCCCCGAUGUCGAUCACAUGUACUGCUCCAACUUGCCGCCGUGUCCAGAUCCAGCUCGCAUGCCGGUCGACGGCGGCUGGUCCGAUUGGACUUCCUGGUCCGAAUGUCAGCCCGCCGUGUCCGGUGCCGACUGUGGCGUCGGUUACCGGGAACGGCGCCGGACCUGUUCGCAACCGGCGCCCAAACAUGGCGGCCAACCGUGCGACGGCAACAAUAGAGAGAGGCAACAUUGUGAGCUGCAGCCGUGUGGCCAGCACAGGAAGACGACAGCCUGGUCGCCCUGGGUUCAGAUUCCGGCCAAUUCUUCUGAUGGCGAUUACUCAGAGAAACGCUUCAAGUUCUUAUGCAAAUCCUCGUCAGCAGAGCAAUUAGAGCUGUCAAUAUCCCGGGAAGAGGUCCGCUACUGCACCACACUGGGCUCGUGCACAGCCAGCGCGCCGGGCGCGGGCUGGAGUGGCUGGAGCGCGUGGAGCGCGUGCAGCGCGCCCUGCGGCGGCGGACAGCAGCGGCGCUCGCGGCGCUGCGUGCGCCCGCCCUGCGCCGGCGCAGCCGACAUGCUGCGCGCCUGUAACGUGCACCCCUGUGCUAAUACCAAAUGGUCGUGCUGGAGCGAAUGGAGCGAGUGCAGCGGCGGGUGCUCGGGCGGGCGAGUGAUGGGUCAUCGCAACAGGACCAGGAUGUGUCUCUCCCCCGACGGCUGUGAGGACGCCGCCGCCGCACUUGAACGCAAGCCUUGCGUCAGCCAUUGUGAAUCGUCGGACCGCGGUUGGGGGGAAUGGGGCGAGUGGUCGCCGUGCGGCAGCGGCGAGCGGGUGAGGCGGCGGUCGUGCGCCAGCGGCGCCUGCGUCGGCGCACAGAUGCAGGUGGCCGGCUGCGACGACAACGACCUCGACAAUGAAUUAUAUGCCAUGCCAGCCUACAGUCAGAACGUGGAGAUGGCUUCGUUCGUGACCGCCAGAGACGAUGGUUUGAGUGUGCCCAGCAUUGUGGGAUUCGCCGUGGCUUCCUUUGUUACCGGUUGCCUGGUCUGUUUAGCGGUGGUGAUAUUCUUCCAACGCCGCGGCACUUACUUGCCGUGUCGCCGUCAACAGAGGGUGCCCUCCAGUCCGCACUACAUCACAGCUAAGCCGAAUAGCUACGUAUCCGUACCGCUCAAGGAAGUACCCCGGAAAGCGAAGCGUCAGCCAUCGUUCACUGGCAUUGGCGGCUCCAGCGGCAUUCUGCUUUCAAAAAGCAACAAUUUAUCAAAUGCUAACAACCACAACAACGCUAUGACGACACCCAAACUAUAUCCUAAAGCCAUAGCCAAUGAGUAUGACUCUAUGGGCACUCUAAAAAGGCAUUCUAAUCAACCAAAUAAUAGGAGCAACCUGGAUUUAGAAGAAGAUAAGUUUUAUUGAUAUUUCUGCGACGACUGAAAUGGAUAAGAUAAUAUUUCCUCCUUGCUCCUUUAUUAGUGGAGCCAUAUUUGAAUUUAUGACGCGUCGAAAAUUGGUAGCUCGCCAAAACCUGACUGGUUGAUUGCUAUUCGUAAAUGGUGAUUCCGCUGUCUUGAGAUGUAAAUCCAAGAAAUACAAUAAACAAUUUAAAAUGUGAAUUCAUGGAAAUGUUUCCGUGGUUCGAUGUCAUAAAAUAUACCAACUAUUAUUCAGAUUGUACCCAUUACAUUUAAACUGAUUUAAAUCAAAUAAGAUAAAAUUGACCUGUAAUAAUGGACAGGAUUAUGUUGUCACCAUGUCUUAGUUCCAUUUUUGGAAUUUCAGAUUCAGAUUCAGAUUCAGAUUCAGAUUCAGAUUCAGAUUCAGAUUCAUUUAUUGCAAUGUCACAAAUAAUGUAAUAAUUUUAUGUAUAAAUAAUGUAAUGAAUUUUGUAAUAUCGAAGUAAGAAAUGAAAGUAUUUUUUCUAAUUUUUUAACAGGGCUUAGAAAAAGGAAUGGUGAUUAUGUUGACUAAAACAUAACUAUACUUUUGUUUGUUUAUUGUUGUUUAGAUUUGAUGUCCGUGACAUCGAAAGACCUACUAAGGAAUUUAAAUUUAUCGUAAUGCAAUAUAAAAGAUAUUCUGUAGUAACGAAACGAAUGUAUGUUGAUUAUUUACGAUAUUAUUCAUUAAAAAGAACGCCUAAAAUGUGUUUCGAUAAAAAAAAUAUUUUUUUAAAAUAAUGAAAAAAGAAAUGUUUCGUCCUUAAUUGAAUUUAUUAUAACUGAAAUACGUUUUAAGCGUUCGUCGUUAAAAUUUUAUGAAUAAUAUGUAUUUCCUACGUUGAGUGAGCAUAUUGUAUCGAUGAUAUGAAGAAUGUACUUACAAAAAUGUGAUUGUGUAUUAGAUAAGUAGGUAAAAAUCCAGUGCCAUUCUAAAAUUUAGAAUAUUUUUUCUAAACUUAAGAUAUAAGAGGCAUCGAUAUUUUUUGUAUUAAUUUAAAGAAACAAAUAAAUUAAUUAAAGCCAAGAAUGUGCCAUGUAAAUAGAUUAAGAUAAUGUAAAUAGAUAUUUUAUAUUAACAUAUAUGAUUUAUGUAUACAAAGUAAUUCCAUAUGCCACAUAUACAUAUAGCAGUACAAAAUAGGUGCCUUUGCCAGAAUAUUUACAAAAAUAUUUACGAUAGAUUUGACUAUAUUUUGUUGAAUAUUUUUCAACAUAUACGUGGCUCAUGUUGAGUCGAAAUUGUUAUUUAUGGACGGAUGCUUUGGAGCGUAGACAUGAUAGUUACUAGAAGUGUGUGUACAUUGUACAAACAAUAAAUUAAAUGAAAAAUAGGCGUUUAUUUCAGGAACUUUUUAUGUCGACCGUACACUUUGCUCAUCAUUUUGGAGUACAUCUUGGGAUUCUAAACGUUUCCUUUAACAUUUCUGUGAAAUGAGACCAAUUGUGAUUAUUUAUUUUUUAUUAUAAGUACCUAUAUAUUUUCAAAAUUACUAAAAAGUGGUUUUAACAGUUAUUUCAAAAACGGAUUAGUAUAUCAAUUUAAAAUAUGUAGUUAGGUAUAACGUGAUUGACAAAAAAAACAACCAAUGUGCUCCCAGUGAUUAUGAUGUCUAUGUAACUUUUUAUAUUUUUAUAUGUGUAAAAUGAUAAUUGUUAUAUGGGAAUAGAUAUAAGUAGACUGCCGGGAAUAAGUGUGUGUGCGUUUCCUAGAAUAUUAUAACAUAUCAUUCCUAUCUAACUUUCCAAUUAAAGUUAUAGUUAUUUUAAUAUAAUUUCAGACCAUUGAUUUUUGUUGCGCGUAAUAUUUUUUCUAAAUAUUUCUUAUCAGACCUAAGCAGUUUGUUUGGAGUAAUUAAGUAAAAUUAAGUAAUUUUUGGGGCAUUCUUGUAAUAUUACUCUUUAAGUGAUCUCAAAUAAUGAGUUCUUUUUUAAAGGACUUUGGCCCUAGAUUCUUUAUUAUUAAUUUCUUGCGCUAAAAGAGCAAAUGCACAAAUUCUAGUUUUUUUUUAUUGUGCCUCUACUAGGCAUGCACAAUUUGUAUUAUAUUGGAGGCUUUUUGUAUACUCACCGAUAGUAUUUAAUGUUUUGCUUUUCAAUUUUUGUAUGUUUGUACAAAAUAUCAAAUUAAUUUACAUCAUUUUGUACGAAAACUGUUUUUGUUGUAAAAUCUAAUGAAGUACCUAUUUAAAAUAUGUAAUGUCAAAUUAUUAUUAUGCUAAUUUUCGUUAUCAUAAUUGAGUGGAUAUGAAUGUUGUAUGUUAUGGAAUAAUUGCAAAAGUGGAGUAUCAAUAAAGACUGUCUAAUA